CCUGAGGUCUCUUUGAUGAGUGAGUUUCCUCGUUCCUGCAGCCAAAUCUUUACUUUCUCCGUGAGAACUGAGCCGCCGUUUGUUCGGUUCUUCCUCCGGUCUGAAGGCGACUAACCCGGCUCUGACCGCGACCCGGGACCGGCACUGACAUCCACUGUUUAACUAACUAACUUUGAACUCACUCAGACCGUGUUUUCUGUCUCAGUGAGACACCUGUCGCUGCUCACCUGUCGCCGCCAUGAUGUCACCGGGACAUUAGGCUAAUGGCAGCGGAGCGCGAGACUCACCGGGAGGACACACAGAAACUCCGGUAAACACGGAAUAAGUUAUAGGAUAUAUAAUCUAUAUCUAAAACAGGGGCAGACGGCAUGGAUGCACUGGAUUCAGGACAGAAGUUCAUCCCGAGACAGGAUGGAGAUUUGGACACCAGCCAGGUGUUCCUGCCGGCCUCGGACUCCAAACAUCUGGAGAAGAAGCCGGGCCGGAGGAAGAAGACGUGGCUGGGAGUGGGUCUGGUGCUGGGAGCCGCUGCUGUGGCUCUGCUCAGCGGACUGCUCGUCUGGCACUUUCACUUACGCAGUGAUGUCCGAGUGAAGAAACUUUACAUCGGCCAGAUGGGAAUCAAUAACCAGCGUUUCAUGCCGGCGUAUGAAGAUCCCAGCAGCUCAGAGUUCAGCCAGCUGGCAGGGCUGGUCAGCACGCAGCUGAAACUGAUUUACUCUAAGAACUCGGUGCUGGCCAAAUCCUUUAAAGGUUCCACGGUCCACGCCUUCAGUGAGGAUGACAGCGGCGGAGGCGACGGCGUGGUGGCGUACUACCAGUCCGAGUUUGACGUCCACGUCCUGCAGCAGGACUCGCUGGACGAAGCCAUGAAGUCUCUGCAGCCGGCGGCAGGAAGUCAGCAGGGCCGCCACGGACGCGUGCUGCUGAAACCGUUGGACGGUCUCACCGUCAGCAACGUCUUCUCACAAGCUAUUGACCCACGCAUGACCAGGAGCACUCUGUUUGUGCGGAAGUCGUUUAACCUCCACGCCCGGGACCAGGGGGUGGUCCAGUCCCCGGGGUUCCCCGACUCUUCCUACCCGCCCAACGUCUACCUGCAGUGGCGUCUGCGGGCCGACGCCGGCCACCGCGUCCGCCUGGACUUCCACACGCUGAUCCUGGAGGACGACUGCCAGCAGGACUUCAUCCAGAUCUACGACUCUCUGGCUCCCAUAGAGCAGCGCGUCCUCACAGAGCAGUGUGGAUACCCUCACGACUCGCUGUCCUUCCUGUCCUCUGGAAACGUCCUGCUGUUGACUCUGGUCACCAGCGAGGAGAAGAACUUCCCCGGCUUCAGAGCCAGCUACUCACAGAUCCCUCUGACUCAACAAGAGUGUGGAGGUAAACUAACUGGAGAUAAAGGAUUCUUCUCUUCACCUUUCUUCCCGUCCAACUAUCCUCCUAAAACCACGUGCAUCUGGACCGUCGAGGCCCCAAAGGAGAAGUUUGUGAAGGUUCAGUUCAACAAGUUCGUCUUGGGGAAGUACAGCAGCGAGUGCAGCGGAGAUUACGUCGACGUCAACGGUCAAAGACUAUGCGGGACUAAACCAAGAAGCACCGUGGUCACCAGAAGCAACGUGAUGACCAUCACGUUUGUCUCCGACUCGUCCUACGUGGACCAGGGCUUCACCGCCGAGUACGAAGCCUUCGUCCCCACUAACCCGUGUCCCGGGCGGUUCAAGUGCACUAACAACCUCUGCAUCAACACCACGCUGCAGUGUGACGGCUGGAACGACUGCGGAGACGCCAGCGACGAGGACAACUGCAAGUGCGAGGCGACUCAGACGAAGUGUAAGAACGGCCGCUGUAAGCCCAAGUUCUGGGAGUGUGACGGGUCCGACGACUGUGGAGACAACACUGAUGAGGAGAACUGUGGCGCAUGCAAACCGGGAGAGUUUUCCUGCAGAAACAACCGCUGUGUCCCAGAGAAGAUGAAGUGUAACGGAAGAGACGACUGCUCGGACGGAUCGGACGAGUCUACGUGUGAGAAAUCUCUGGUGCUGCAGCAGUGUUCGCAGUUCACCUUCCGCUGCCGGAGCGGACGCUGCAUCAGCAAACUGAACCCUGAGUGUGACGGAGAACAGGACUGUGAGGACGGAUCGGAUGAGGAAGACUGCAAGUGCGGGAUCCGGCCGUACCGCAGCUCUCGUAUCGUGGGCGGCGCGGCGUCCCGGGAGGGCGAGUGGCCCUGGCAGGUCAGCCUCCACAUCAGAGGAACUGGCCAUGUGUGCGGAGCGUCUGUGCUGAGCAACCGCUGGCUGCUGACGGCCGCUCACUGCGUCCAGGACAAAGGCACAAACAAGUACUCCCAGGCCGACCAAUGGCAGGCCUUGCUGGGACUGCAUGUGCAGAGUCAGACCAACGAGUGGACGGUGCAGAGGAACGUGAAGCGCAUCAUCGCUCACACCGACUACAACGCCUUCACCUACGACAACGACAUCGCUCUGAUGGAGCUGGAUGCCGAAGUCACGCUCAACCAGUACAUCUGGCCCAUCUGUCUGCCCUCCGCCUCCUACGACUUCCCAGCAGGCCAAGAGGCGUGGAUCACCGGCUGGGGCGCCAUCAGAGAGGAGGGCGUCUCUGCGACCGUCCUGCAGAAGGCCGAGGUUCGGAUCGUCAACAGCACGGUGUGUAAGAGUCUGAUGGAGGGCGAGAUCACCGAGAGGAUGAUCUGCGCCGGAGUCCUUAAAGGAGGCGUGGACGCCUGUCAGGGCGACUCCGGCGGCCCGCUGUCCGUCGCUGCCCCCAGUGGGCGGGUCUUCCUGGCCGGCGUGGUGAGCUGGGGCGACGGCUGCGCUCGCAGGAACAAACCCGGCGUCUACGCCAGAACCACCAGGUUCCGCAGCUGGAUAAAGGACAACAGCGGAGUGUAGCAGCAACGCAACGACGACCGGUAUUUCUCAUGGAUAUUAAUAACUGGAGCUGAGUGGACUCUGAACUACACAAUCAUUUUACAUUUAAAAAGACUACAUACCCACAGACAGAGAGAGACACACACACACACACACACACACACACACGCACA